UCAUCUUGCCAUCUGCCAUCUUUUCCUCCAUUCAAAUUCGCGCAGAUCCGUUACGAAUUCCUUCAGCGCCAAAGUCGUUUCAUAAAAGGUUGAACCACGUGCCUCAACGGUUUUUAUAAAUAACGAUUUCUUUUUAGUGUUGUACGUCCCAUUACUAAAACAAUCAUCACAGGAUGUCGAGCCGUAGAUCAUUGCUUGCCUCCGAGGAGGGCGGCAAUGCACCUGGAUCACCUUUGAGGCGGUCUACAAGAAUUGCCAAUUCUCCUGCUCCAGCUGCAGCCACUGUUGCUUCUGCUAUCUCUCGAAGAAGGAGUUCUGCAGCAGAAAUGACUGUAUCAUCACCAGCGAAAAUCACUAGGACAAAACGACCGUCAUUGUCACAUGAAAUUACACUAGAGGAACAACCAGAAGCACCAUUAAAGUCUGCAACUUCAAAAAUUUCCAGGGCAGAAAGUAGAUCACCAUCAGCUGAAUCUGAAUCUAAAGAACCAGCAACAGGCACUCCUGCUAGGAGAGGUAGAAAACCAUCAAUAACAAAAAUAAAAGAAGAGGAAUCAGCACCUAAACCAGAAACUCCUUCGCGCCGUCGAUCUAUUAGAAGACAGAGCACUUCGCCUUCACUGGACACUGCAACAGAAACACAAGUUGCUAAACCUCGUGGUAGGCGAGCGUCUGUAACACAAGGAGGUCUUGAGGCAAUAAAAGAAACUGAAGUAAAACCAGAGCCUAAAAAAGUUGGGCGUCCGCCGCGCUCCGCUCGUCUAUCGUUGGAUGCAACAGAAGAACCUGACGCCAAGAAGCCGGAAAAGAAACCUGCUACAAGGCGGUCCAUCAGAGGACGCAGCAAUUCCACCGAGAUUGUUGAAGAAGUUGAAACUAAACUAGUGGCAGAUCUUAUUCCUAUUAACGAGGAGGAACCAGAAGAGAACGAAGCUGAUGCAAAGAAACCUGUGAAAGUUGAAGAGAACAAAAUAGACUUAGAAAAAGAUGAGGAGGAAUCACCCGAAAUUGUUACGGAGAGGAAGACUGAUGCCAUUAGCGAUAAGACCACAGGUGAGAUUGAAAUUUCUGAUCAGAAGGCUGAUGCUGAAGUUGAGAAAGUUACUGGCCGAGAUGUUGUGGAAAUCAAGGAUGCCGAUGAUUCAACAACUUCUACUCCAACUUCUGAAAAGAAUCAGGUUGAUACUCUUGCGUCUCCUUCGCGUAAGUCACGCAAAUCAAUGAGCUCGGAAUCGGAUUCAGUGUUUAAGUCGCCGGUUCGACGUUCACCUCGUUUGUCAGCCUCGCCUGUUGCGGUCUCACCUGAACCAAAGUCUUCUCCUUGUCGAUCGCCUCUUGUAGACAAAGAUGAUAAAUCUUCACCAGUUAGAAAAACAACUCCGGCUUCUCCAAUUAAAUCACCUCUUGCUAGCCCUGCGAAAACAGAUUCUGUGGAAGUAUGCGACUUGCCACGAAGAUCUCCAAGACUGUCGGAAAGUCAAGAUAGUAAUCCAACAGUCACAACUAAAAAACCGCCUUCAAUUUCUGAAAUUUCAAUUAAUGAUGAUUCCCAAUCGGAUAUGAGCCCUGCACCAACUUUGAGUUUGAGAGUUUCUGAGAGCGAAGACAAGGAUCAAGACAUUAUUAACAUUCCCGAUGAAAAAGCGGAAGAGAGCGUUUCGAUAAAUGAAGAUUCCUCCAAGAAACCUUCUGUGGACUCGCCAAAACCACGCCGAUCUACGAGAUUAUCAGAAAGUUCAAAUGUCUUAAAUGACUCACUUGCAAAAACAAAGCGUAAGUCUAAUUCAUUUACGGAGAGUGAGAAUAAAGAUAAAGAUAAAAGCAGUACGUCGCUUAGAUUGUCUAAAUCCUUCGGCGAAAGCAAUAUUCUUAACACAGAAAACAUUGAGUCUAAGACUCCUCAAAAGAUGUAUUCUGUUAAAACUCCUAAAAGGGAUUCACUGCUUAAACGCACACCUGAAAUCAUUAACGGGUCUGAUGGUUCUUUCCACUUGAAUCUUUCAAUUCCCACAACGAACUCAAUCGAUUUGGAAGAUGGCGAAAAGAAUAAAAGCAUUGUUGAGACCGUACAUGAUAUCAGCGGCAGUUCGAACAACUCUGACAAAGAGAACGCUGACAAAUUGAAUAUUGCCAAGUCUCCAAAGAGUAAACGUAUUUCUUUGUCGGAGACAAGCACGCCGAAAUUAAACAACUCUGUUAAGAUGCAAAGUUUCUGCGAGCCUAUUGAGGUUGAGUUUUCUACUGAUGCCAUUGUUGCUUCAGCACAAGUCACUGUUAAGACUCCAACUGUAGAAGUUGCGGAAGUUCUUAGUGGGAAGGUUUCCACGACAACAUCACAGAGUGAAAGUAUAAUUGAGGUGGAUAAUGAGGAUGAGUUUGGUUCUAGCCCUGUCAAGGCGAUGAAACCAGUAAAGAAAAAUGUUACUCUGGAUGAGGAAGACAUGGAGGAGCAGUUGAUGAAUAGUUUUGUUGAUGAAGUUCUUGUGAUUGAAGAAGAUGAAAAUGAGUCAAAAACUACAGACGAUAAAUCAUCGAAGAAGGAUAGUGUUGAAGUAACAACUGAAGAAGAGAAUAAAACUUCUGAAAAUAAAAAUAAAUCUGUUGAUGCUGAAAUUACAGAGUCUGAUGUUAAAGAUGAUGUCGUUGUUGACUUGGACUCAGAUUCAGACGCUGAGCAAAUUAUUCAUUCCGAUGAAGUUACCUCUGAUGAUGUUGAAGAGGAGAAACCAGCUGAAGUGCCAUUGGCAAUGCAAGGUGGCAGCAAACGGCGCAAAGUGAUGAUUGAAGAAACAAUCUCUCAGAAGUUGGACGAUUUGAUCAACGCGAAAUUGAAGGAAGCUGCCGCUGAUAGCGAUGAAGAUGAAGAUUAUGUACCGGAAAACGAGUUUGUCGACGACAUGGCUUCUGAAGGCGAGGAAGACACUCCUUCUGAAGACAGCAACCAGAUCAUCGAUGAUGGAGAGUCUCUACAUAGCUCGGAAUCGGAAAGAUUUGAAGAUGAUGAGGACGACUAUGAGAAUGAUUCUUUUAUUACGGAUGAUGAAGGUAUGGAACUGCUUUCUGGCAAUGAAUAUGACUUGGAAGAACUUGCCGAUGUUAAGAAGAAGAAGACUGAGAAAAAGAGGAAGUCGAGAAUUAUUCAAGUUGAGGAUUCCAGUGAAGAGGAGGAGACAAUAAUGAUAGGUGAGGCUGAAAAAGAUUUGAAGCCAGAUACAGACGAUAAGGUUGAUGAAUCAAAACAGGCUGAAAGUGCAGCUAAAGUUGUUGUCUUGAGUAGCAUCACAAUUCCCUCUCCAGUGACAGAAACAGAAAAUAAGUCCGUGGUUAUCAAUGAACAGGAUAACUUGACAAGUUUAGAAUCGAUGAAGGAAACAUUAAAAGUGGAUGUCCCACGUGAACCGAAACCUUCUUUCAGCACGCCUAACAACAGUGUCAUAGAAUCGCCGAAUCGCAAAACACGCAGAAAGACGUCGUUGACUAUUCAAGACCAGGUCAACAUCAAUCGCUUCAGCGAUGGUGAAAUUACUGAUAAAAUAACAAAAGCUGUUGACUUUUUUGUUUCAUCUAUAAAAGACAAAACUGGAAAUGUUUCUGUGAAUGUGUCCCUAGAUUACGCCAACUCUGCGAGUUCAAAUGAUGAAGGCUCACCCAAGAAGCCAAAGCGUGUCAGUUUGAAACGAGAAGAUGUGGAUAAUAUUAAUACUGUUGUAGAUGAAAUGCUGGAAACAACUGUGCCUAAAAACUUGGGCAGUCAAUUGGAAAUUGAAGAAAAUUCUGAUUUGAACACAUCUACAAGCAAGACACAGAAACAAAAGAAGCGCAGAAGUAAUGUGCAGAAAGAUAUAAGCAUUCAAGGUGAUUUUGAGGUGGAAGAUGAGCCGGAAGCGAAAAAUCAGUCGAUGUCAAAGAAAAACAAGUCCAAGAAGAGAGUUAGUCAAGGAUUUAAUGAAGUUGAAACAAAUGAUCUCGUUGCGCCGUCAGAUGCAGAGAAAGGUAACAAGAAACGUCUUAGCAAGAGUUUCAACACAACACAAGACAUAGAACCAGUACAGUCUCCUCCUAAGAAAGCAAAAUUGAACAAAAGUUUAACUGAUGCGGAUGUUUCCAUUGUGCAAAGUAAAAAAUCGAAGAAAGAGAAACUAAACAGAAGUUUAACUGAUGUAGAAGUCCCCGAAGUGAAAUCAAAGUCGAAGAAAGAGAAACGUCUGAGCAUCAACAAGUCUUUGGAGGAUUGUGAAGAUGUCCCAGAGCCUGUAGUUAAAAUUCCAUCUCCAAUUUCAAAGAAAUUGAAGAAACUCCAGAAUAAACUCCUUGCUAAAGAACCAGAAGAAAGUGAAUUCACCGAUGUGCCUUUGAAGAAAACUAAAUUCUCCAAAUAUCGAUCCGAAAUGUUAGUAGAAGAUGAACACGAUGCUUGUGCCAGUAAAUCCGAAAUUAGUCGUCCAUCUACUUCGAAAUUCUCGUCCAAGUUGGGCGGUGUAACAAAGAAAUUGAAAAAAGUAAAACCUUCUUCAAUUGACAAUGUCGAUGCUUGGUCAGUGCAGAAAGCCGUGGCCGAGAGACCUUCUAAGAAAAACAAGGAUAAAGUACCAGUUGUUGAACAACUGAAUGCCAUUAAGAAGAAGCUUGCGCCCAAUGAUUUUAGAAAUCAAAUGAUUUAUGGUUCCGGCGUGAAGCGAAUGGAUUCUAAGGAUAUUUUGAAAAAUAAACAAAAGACCAGUUUCGCCAAGCGCAAGUAGAGGCUUGUGGGUUGUUUGUUUUAUAUUUUUUUUAUUGAUUACGUUUGUCUUUUGUAUCUUAAGUUAUAGCCGUAAAGUUAAUCGAGAAUUGUUAUCGAAAUAUAAGUACCAUCAGCAUUUACGCUCUAUUUUUGUAAUACUGGAAGAUAGUGUUGAAUAAAUGUGUUGCGAUUCAAAAAUUCA